CAGCUUCUGCAACAUCUUCAAAACAAUCAAAAAAACAUACAUUUCGCAACUUCAAACCUCAACUUCAACCUCCCUUAUGAGCAUGUGACAUUCUAACAUACGAAUGCUUCGCGUCGUCACUAGGAUGGCUCACACCUCUGUGUCGGAUAUCCCCUCUCUUACUUUUCUCUAUCGCAACAACGAACUAGAAGCUUCAAAGCAUCCGCCCCUUAACGGUGCAUCACCCGCGUACAAUGAUCGCAUCGGUCUAUUCUGUGGAGAUAUCACCACCUUGUCCGUAGAUGCUAUUGUGAAUGCUGCCAAUACCUCUCUCCUUGGCGGUGGCGGUGUUGAUGGCGCUAUACACCUUGCUGCUGGUCGCGGGCUACGCGCAGAGUGUCGCACUUUAGGUGGUUGCUCUACCGGUCUGUCUAAGAUCACCAAUGCAUACAACCUCCCUUGUAGAAAGGUCAUUCACACUGUCGGUCCCGUCUACGACGAUAUCGACCCCUCUAAGAGCGAGGCUGCCCUCCGUAGCUGUUACAAGUCGAGCUUGGAGCUUGCUGUGCAGAACGGCUUGAAAACUAUCGCGUUUAGCGCAAUCAGCACCGGUGUUUACGGCUAUCCAAGCAAUGGGGCUGCUCACAUCGCCUGCGACACCGUCAGAAAGUUCAUGGAAAAUGGUGAUGGCGAGAAGCUGGAAAAAGUAAUAUUCGUCACGUUUGAGUCGAAAGACGUGCGAGCCUAUAAUAACAUUAUACCUCGCCACUUCCCUCCCGCCCCUGGCACCGAAAACGAAGCCACUCAAGAGCGCACUGCGGGCGCCGAGACUGAUACCAGCUAGAUUCCCAAUAUGCCCACCACUGGUACUACAACCCGUUAGCUUAUACUAGUGAAAUAGAGGUCACGUAAUAAGAGCGGUAUUACCGCUGAAGACAGUUAUGCAGUAUUGAGACGAGAAAUGAUCAUGGUAUCACGUAGAGUAUCCAUCUACCUGAAUUGGAAGAUGGCGUUUGGUACGGAAAUGAAAUAUACUAUCAAACAUUAA